GUCACCCUGCUGCGCUGGUCGCCCUGCGGCUCCUAUCUGCUGGCCGCCCACCCCGGCGGCGACUUCCGCAUCUGGCAGACCCGCACCUGGUGGUCGCAGCGCUGGGCGGCGGCGGCGCCGGGCGGCGGCGGCGCCGGCGAGCUGGCGGAGGCGUGCUGGGGCCCCGACUGCCGCUCCCUGCUGCUGGCCUACGCCCGCUCCCCGCACCUCGUCUGCCUGCACUUCACCGCGGAGCCGCCCUCCCUGCAGGCGCAGCUGCUGCCGCUGCCGCUGCGCGUCACGGCUCGUGCGCCGCGCCCGCCGCCUGCAGGCUCCGGCGCCGGCUGCCUCAUCCAGGCCGUGGCCUGGGACGCCAGGGCGCAGCGCCUGGCGGUGGCGGUGGGCGGCAGCCACCCCGCCGCGGGCUGCGUGGCGCUGUACGACACGCGCUGCGACCCCAUCCUGUCCGCCCGCUUCAUCGGCUUCAUGCGG